AUGCUUCUAAUUCAAGAAUCUGGGAGUUCAAAUGCAGUUGUGAUGAUGAUGACCUUAAAAAUGCAAGAAAAAUUUGACAAGUAUUGGAAAGAUUGCUUACACAUUCUUGCUGUCGGGGUUGUUCUUGAUCCAAGACAUAAGAUGAAGUUUAUUAAGUAUUGCUUUCAAAAAAUUUAUAGUAAUGGUGAUCGUGCUUCAAUUGAGAUCAAUAAGGUGCGUGAUGUUAUUGAAAAUCUUUAUGAUCAUUAUACAAUUUUGUAUGGUGCACAUGGCUCUCAUGUUCAAAUGAAGGAGAUGGCGUCUGCAUUUCAAGAUAGAGGAGAUGAGAGUCUUUUUAUGCAAGAUUAUGAAGAAUUUAUUCAAGAAGAAGAAGUUGCCCAACCAUCUAAGUCAGAAUUAGAGAUCUAUUUAGAAAAGAAGCCGGCUGGUCUCACCUCCCUUCUGCCCCUAUGGAUACUAAGAUGCGGCCAUGUUCCUCUCUUUCUAUCUCUCUUCUUUCUCCUCUCUUCUCUCAGCAUCCAACACUGUGCAGCAACUGAUAACAUCUCUUCAGGCCAGUCCCUCUCUGGAAACCAGACCAUAGUGUCCAAAGAACGCAACUUUGUGCUGGGGUUCUUCACACCAGGUAAUUCUCGUUUCUACUAUGUAGGCAUCUGGUACAAAAAAAUUCCAGUCCAAACUGUAAUCUGGGUGGCGAACAGAGCAACACCCGUCUCCAACACCUCCUCUGCAGAGUUCAAAAUCUCAGAAGAUGGCAACCUAGUCCUCCUCAACAGUUCCAAAAUCCCAGUUUGGUCAUCCAAUUCAACUCCAUCAACAUCGGAUUCCACAGUUGCAGUUCUUCUCGACACCAGAAAUCUUGUUAUAAGAAAUGGGUCAAACACUACAAUUUGGCAGAGUUUCAAUCACCCGACUGACAUACUCAUGCCAGAAGGAUGGAUUGGAGUUAACAAGAUCACAGGGGAGUUUCAGAGUGCCACUGCUUGGGAGAAUCCUGAGAACCCUGCCCCCGGGCCUUUCACUAUGAGUCUGGACCCUGAUAGAUCCAAGCAAUUUGUUUUACUGUGGAAUAAUUCUGAAAUUUACUGGCGCACUGGUAUUUGGAAUGGCCGGUACUUCCCUGAACUCCCUGCUACCAACGAAAACUCUCCCUUCAACCUCACCUUCAUCGACAACGAGCAGUGGAUGUAUGGCACGUAUACCAUCUUCUACAGUUCAAUCAUCACUCAUACUAUGAUUGGUCCAACUGGGCUAGUAACACAACCGUAUUGGCUGGACAGCACCCAAGAGUGGCAGUCAAUCUUUUCUCAACCCGUGCCUCAAUGUGAUGUCUACUCUUUAUGUGGCACUUUUGGUAUCUGCGACCAGAAAAGCUCGGAUAAUAUUUGCAAAUGCACCUCUGGUUUCGAACCAGCUUCAAUGAAAGAAUGGGAGCUCAAUGUUUGGAGCUCAGGGUGCGUGCGGAAAACCAGUUUGCGAUGCAGUAGUAAAAGCUCAGCCGGUGGAGAAGGGGAUAGAUUCCUUGAGAUGACCAAUAUGAGAUUGCCUGCCAAUCCACAGAACUUGACUGUUGGGAGUGCUAAAAACUGUGAACAAGCUUGCUCGAACGAUUGCUCUUGUAACGCGUAUGCUUAUGUGAGUGGAUGAUCAAUUUGGACUGCGGACCUUUGGAACCUUGUUCAACUCUAUGAUGAUGAUAGUGGAGCUGGUACUCUUUAUCUUCGGCUCUUUGCUUCUGAUUUCCCAGGUUCAGGUAGCUCGCAUAAGUUGGCAAUUCAUCUAACUCUUGGUGUCAUCGGUGGAAUUCUUGGCAUCUUGUGUGUUCUUCUUGGACUAUUUUGGGCAUUUCAAAGGAAUAAACGAAUUCGGAUGGCAAAACAAGUUGAGGGUUCUUUGAUUCUAUGUACUUAUGGCGAUUUGCAGCGUGCGACCAAGAACAUCUCUGAGAUGUUGGGCAGUGGUGGCUUUGGCUCUGUUUUUAAAGGGACAUUAGUUGACUCAACCGAUGUAGCAGUGAAGAAGCUUGAAGGCUUGAGACAAGGAGAGAAGCAAUUUCGAACCGAAGUGAGCACAUUGGCUGCUAUUCAACAUGUCCAUCUGGUUCGCCUUCGCGGUUUCUGCUCCGAGGGCAGCAAAAGGCUUCUUGUUUAUGAGUACAUGUCAGGUGGUUCCCUGGAUUAUCAUCUCUUUCAAAACAAUUCCACAGUUCUCGGUUGGAAGAUGAGGUAUCAAAUUAUUCUUGGGAUUGCGAGAGGAUUAGCCUACCUCCAUGAGAAGUGCCGGGAGUGCAUCAUACGCUGCGACAUAAAGCCAGAUAACAUACUUCUAGACAGGGACUUUUGCGCCAAAGUUGCAGACUUUGGCAUGGCGAAGCUCGUCGGUCGUGACUUCAGCAGGGUACUGACAACCAUGAGGGGAACUGUUGGCCAUCUCGCACCCGAGUGGAUCUCAGGCCUAACAAUCACCUCCAAGGUUGAUGUCUACCGCUUUGGGAUGAUGCUCUUUGAACUGGUAUCAGGCAAGCGAAACACAACGCACUCCGUGGAUGGUAGCAACAUCUUUUAUCUUUUGUGGGCUGCAAGAAAGAUUAUUGAAGGCGAUAUAUUUAGCUUAUUGGACCAUAGAUUGAAUGGUGCUGCUGACACUGAAGAGCUAACCAGUGUCUGUAGAGUUGCUUGCUGGUGCAUUCAAGACUCUGAAGGUCAUAGGCCAACAAUGGGACAGGUGGUGCACAUCCUAGAGGGAGUCCUGGAGGUGAGCAUGCCGCCACUUCCUAGGGCUCUUCAGCUUCUCACGGAAGAUCAGAGCCAAAUUCGUUAUUAUUUGUCAUCCACUGAGUACGAAGAUGCACUUGAUCAAUCUCUGGAUUUCUAUCAGUAA